AUGGGACCACAAAAUUCCGAAGACGAAGAUGACAAACCGGUCAACGUCAACCACAUGGAGAAAAUCGACAAUAGGGUGAAUCGAAGAAACAACGAAUAUGUAAGAGCGGUCAAAGAAAAUCACCAUCGCGAACUUGAAUGCGAGCGAAAAUUGAACUCCUCAAAUUCAAACUUCUCCGAAAAAGUGCGUUUUUCCCUGAAUGGAAAAAAUGUGGAAUUUCCUUCUUUUUGGCUUCUGGACAACGAUAACUACAUGACAGAGACAGUGCAGCGGCAGUUUCCGACUUUUGAAAAGUGGGGAAAAGAGUUGCCGAAAGUUCACUCGAUUGAUGACAACGAGGACAGCGUGAAAAUACGAUGGAGCGACGGGACAACAAGGGUCUUCGAAAAAUCACUGCUUUCUCAGCUUUCAAAUCCAAUUUCUAAACAAGGCCUUUUCGAUCCGAUUCACGAGCUGUGGGACCGAAACUCUGCUCCUAAUCCAGAACCAGCUGAUUACCAAAAACUGGUUUCAGAGGAAUCUCGCGAGGAAGAACGACGCAAAGUCGACGAGCCCAGACAUGAGGGUACAGUCAGAGCUUGCCGAGCGUUGACCGUUACGCAGCCUAAUUGCUUCGGAGAAGAUUGGUCCUUCACAGCGGAUUUGGCCAAGCCUGACACAGCCUACACAAAUAUCGCGCUCGGACUGCACACAGAUGCUACUUACUACAACGAGCCGAUGGGCAUUCAAGCCUUUCACGUUUUGGAGCACGAAGGGGAAGGAGGCGAGACCAUGCUCGGGGACGGAUUCAAGGCAAUCGAGCUUCUGAACGAAGAGUCUUCAGAAAGUGUUGAAUUCUUGUCGAAUUAUCAGCUGAUGCACGAGUACAUUGAUAAGAGCACGCCUGGCUCGCAUGUCCGUUCGAUCGGAACUGUUCUCUCCAGAAAUCCAAUAACGAAGGAAAUUUUCCGCCUUCGUUUCAACAAUCACGAUCGGUGUCCCAUUCCGGUAGCUGACAUCGACGAGUUUUAUUAUCACUACACAAAGCUGGGAAAGAUCAUCGAAUCUGGGGAAAUAAAUUUUCAGCGCCGUUUGCCUCCAGGAACAGUUUUGCUCGUCGAUAACUUUCGAGUUAUGCAUGGAAGAACAGCUUUUACGGGGAGGCGACGGGUUUCUGGUCUUUAUUUAACGCGAGACGACUGGAUCUCUGGCGCAAGAAAACACGAUCUACUUCGACCUUACUUUCUCUGA